UCCCAGGCUUACCAGCCCCAGCCAAAUAGCUAUGGAUGGAUGAGAGAAGCUGACUCCAACUGUUCACUCUGUGACCAUCUUCCCUUCUACCAUGGAGAACACCUUGUUGCCCCUGACUACGGCAUCUGACCCAAGGCCCUUUAAUCAACAACUCCCAGAACCUCCAGACCUGAGAUGUGUCUUGAGAGCCCAGGACAGCCUUGAAUUGGCCCCUGCCCUUGUGUGUGCCCUUUGCUGCUGCUUUGGAGUCAUCUACUGCUGCUUUGGCUACCGCUGCUUCAAGGCAGUGAUGUUUCUCUCGGGUCUGCUGUCAGGAGCUCUGGUGAUCUUCCUACUGUGCCACAAGGAACGGGUGCUGGAGACACAGUUGAGCCUGGAGGUGAGCGCAGGCAUCGCGCUGGGCAUCGGACUCCUCUGCGGCCUGGUCACCAUGCUGGUUCGCAGUGUCGGGCUCUUUCUGACCGGCCUCCUGCUAGGUCUGACCCUGGGCGCUGGAACCUUAUUAGGCACUGAACCCAUCUACCAGCCACAUUCAGCCUGGGUGCCCGUCGGUGGACUUUUGGGGCUGGCACUGCUGGGAGCCCUGCUCACACUCCGGUGGCCACGUCCAUUCACAGUUCUAGGCACAGCCCUGCUAGGUGCUGCGGGGCUGGUGGCCUGUGCUGACUACUUCUUGGAAGGCCUGGCCCUAGGCACUCGGCUGGGUGAACGCCUGCAGGCGCUUCCAGAGUUGCUUCCUCUUUGCUGGUAUAGCUGGGUCUUACUGGGGACCUGGCCCAUCUUGGGGGCUCUUGGGACACUGGCCCAGUGGAAACUCAUGGCUGAGGAACGUGGAAGCCACACCAAUGUGGUCUUGAGCCACCAGCGAAGACAUCUCCAACUCCUCCGGAUCCAUCAGCAAGAGGCUAAGUGGCAUCGGAACCCUUCUGGAAUGGGACUGUGCGAAGGCAGCUAUCACAAUCAGCUUCCCCCCAAUAUCCAGAGCCCUGGUCACAGUCUGACCCCAUUAUCUCCAGAGUCUCCGUGAGUGUGGGCUGGAAUCCAAACGCCCAGGCUACAGGCCCGAACACUAUCCUGGACCUGGAUCCUGACUGAAGUUCCGCUGUUCUCCUCCUCGCAGUCCGCCCAGACCUGAACCUCAACCUCCAGUGAUACCGAUAACCCUAGGGAGAGCCCAAGCUUGCUAAGUGGAUAGGGGGCCUGAACCCACAGGACCCACACAGAUUUCCCUACCUCUUGGACUUGUGGAUAGGCUUUGUGCCCAGACCAAUUAGAGACAGGCAGAGAGAAUCCUUAUGAAGAUGAGGGGAAAGAGGAACUACAAGCACCCUCCUUAGUAGAGAUGCCCUGGUUCCUAGAGACACUGACUCCGAACCAAGGAGGUUUGCCCAAAACAGCUGCUUCUUCUCUCUCCUUCUUCUCCUUUUUCUUCUCUCUUCUUCUCCUCCUCCUUCUUCUCUCUUCUUCUCCUUCUUUUUCUCCUUCUUCUUCUCCUUCUUCUCUCUUCUUCUUCUUUCUUCUUCUUCUCCUCCUUCUUUCCUUACUUUUUUUUUAAUAUCUAUAACCUUGAGAUGGAGCCUAGAGUGUUGCUCAUAGUAGGCAAGCAUUCUACCACUGAAUUACAACCCAUUCCCAAAUAUCCAUUUAAAUGUCUCAGUGUGCCUUACCAAGGUAAAAUAUGGGGCUUUAUUGUAGGUUCUAUAGAAAAUUGGGGACCCCCUAAGGCUAAUUUGAUAGUUUUGGGGUAGGGAGAAUGACGCAGAAGUACUCGGAGAGACCCCUUAUUAGGGCUAAUUGGCUUCUGGCCAGCCUUUCUCCAUGGACCCCAUAGUCUUGAGUCCCCUCUACCUCAAUGGGGAACACAGUCCUCAAUGGUGCUUUCUCCUUCCUCUUUAAUGAGGAAGGACCACAGAAUCUGCCUCCACUUCCCUGUCUCCAAAAGCUGGCUCCGAGCUCCAGGGAGAGAUCGUUGGCUCACACAGCUGAUUCUUGCGUUUUUGCGAAGAGGAGCCUGGACUUGAGGGUUUCGUGGUAGUCAAGUGCCUUCUGCCUCUCAAUGUAGGUAAUAAUCAGCUUCCUCCUGAACCAGAAUUUGGGUCCAGGCACUCACACACUCUAACUCCCCCUUCCUCUAACUGUCCUGAGCAUAGUCUGAUUCCUGGAUUCCCAGACAGUGUGAAGGAAGACAUAUCCCUCCCCUGAGCAGCAAAUCUGUCACGAGAAGGAGAAAGAACGAGGGACAUGGGAAUAAAAUGGCAUUGAAAA